UUUUUAAAUAAUUUUUUGUGUACUUUGUUGUGUUAUUUGGUUCACAAGUUAUUAAACUGAUAUGGUCAGAUCUAGACGUGAAGAAUAUGAAAUUAAAUGCAAUUCUCCCCACAGCCGGUGAGUGGCAACCUUUCUACAUGUUAGUAUUUGGACGAACACACCAUACACCAGAGAGGAAGCAAAUGCUCAUGUGCUUAUAUAAUCAACUUUAAGACCAAACUGAAAAAAUUGAAUGAACAAAAAUGGCCAGCUAAUAAAUAACAUUACUACAAACCAAUUUUAUACUGGGUGUCGCGAACAAGCCUGGAGGCGGAAGUGAUGUUAUUGGCAGAUGACCAAUGAGAGAGCGAGUUGCAAAUACGCGGAUUUAUAUGUGAUAUAAUUGUACAAAAGAUGUCGAGUCUUCCUCAAAACAACCUGAAGGAGCAUCUGGAGCGACACAACAAUGCUGCCCAGAACAAGCUGUCACUGCUCAAACCAAAGCCUGGGGGGUUUUGCUUCAAAAAGAAGUCUUCGUCAGGCAUCUCCAAAGUGGAAGUUCCUCAAAAGGUAACUGGUUCAAGUGUCUUAGCAAACAGGAGUGUCAAUAUUCCCAGCAACUUUGAAGUAACCAAAAAUCCUGUGACGUUUUCGCAAAAGCCAGAGAGAGUGGCACCGAAAGUCAACUUCUUCACUGCGCCCAGCAAACCGAAGACAAAUACAGUUAAUCCACUAGCAAACCCAUUCGCUUUGAACAAAACCCCUCUUGUCCAAUCUACCAUUAAGGCUUUGCCCAAAUCUGCAGCCUUGCCUAAGGACUCAACUAAUGAUCAAACUGUGGAGCUUAAGCAUGACAUUUCUCAACUCUCAUUCAAUGAAUGGGAUGACUUGGAUGAUUUUGAAACUCCAGUCAAGAGCAGAGUAGCAUCCCCAGUUGCAGGGACCUCUACGAAAAAGCCAAGUGUAUCAGACCAGAACACAUCCUCAAGCUGCUCUUCUAAGUGUGAGGAGACUAAAGUAAAUGAGGAGUCACAAGCUACAGAAACCAUAACUGCCCCGAAGGACGUCCUGUCAGCUGCUAAUGGAGUCAGCACAGAGACUGCAGAGAGAGAGCCAGAGGACUCACCCAUUAAAAAGUCCAAAAGACCUAAGAAAUCAGUCCAGCAUACAGCAUUACUUAGUGACACGGAAGAUGAGGAAAUAAUCCACUGUGUUUCACCGGAUACAAACCAGAAGAAUUUCAAAAGUGUGGCAGUUGCUGAAAAAGAUAAAUGGGGUGAGCCAAAUGUCAUAGACAGUGAUGACUGUGAGGAGAACAACCAUUAUGAAGGUUUUGAGGAUUUCAUCCCCCCGUCCCCUAUUCCAGAAGAGAUCAGUCUCUCUGUCUCAGAUAAGGAGAAAAGUUCAUCUGAGCCUGUUACUCCUGCUAACAAAAAAGAAUCUUCUCGAUCUGCCUCAGGCCUGCCAGCACCCUUGGAUCAAUCUGCCAAAGGAUUAAAAGGAGCUGAUGACGCUCUCUUUAGUGUUAUGGAAUCUAUCUGUUGUCUAGUGGACACUAUUCCUGAGCAUGAGCUCAUAGCGCUGACCUGUGGGACUGAGCUUUUACUGCAGAGAGCACACAGGAAAAGGAUUCUUGCUAAAGGUGGGUCAUCUAGAACAUCUCAUUCUGACUCAGUAUCAACUCCUGGUUUCCUAAACAGACCUACGUUUGGAGUUACACCCUCCAAUCUGACAUCCCUGACCCCGGUAACUUCAGGAAAAAGAGAAGGUGUCAAAACUGGCUUUUCUUUUCGCAAAUCCAUUGCCUCUGUCAUGUCUGUGGGUGAUGAGAGUGUUUUUGAGGAUUCUGACUGCAUCAUAAAUGGAGUCGAAACACCUGGUGGUACCUGGAAUCCUAACAGCUCCACUAAAAUAUCAGCUGGUAGGGAUACCUUUAACGGGUCAAUCCAAACUUUAAGCAAACCUGAGUCAAAGACAGAUAAAUGCUACUCAAGGUUGUCCUUCAAUGAGUCAAGCAAUCAGACUGACCUGUUUUAUUCCCCCAAGAGAGUGGAUUCAGGCAGCAGAAAUGCUGACAGCAGUGUUGAGAUCAACAUUGCAGGAUCCAGCUCUUUACGAACAGGAGCAGAGCCAGUUGAUGAUUUUUUACUCGAUGACUUCGAUAUUGAUGAUUUUGAUGAGAAUGAUAUUCCAGAUUAUUAUGAAGAACCUCCAAGUGUCUUGGAAUCAAGAAAUAACUCUGGUGUAAAAACACCAUCAGUACAGGAGGGAGGAUCAUCAAAAUCUUUUGAGAGGAAGACAUUCACACCACCAGCACCAAAGUCUAUUAAAACUCCCAACCCAGAACCUUUGUACAGGAACCCAGCUCAUGACCGCUUCAGAGGCUUUAACUUUCCUCAUAGCCCAGAGAUGAUGAAGAUCUUCCAUAAGAAGUUUGGACUUCAUCAGUUCCGCUUUAACCAGCUGGAAGCUAUUAAUGCCUCGCUGUUAGGAGAAGACACAUUUGUAUUGAUGCCUACAGGUGGUGGUAAAAGUCUCUGUUAUCAGCUUCCUGCUUGUGUCUCUGCUGGGGUGACUGUAGUCAUUUCUCCUCUACGCUCUUUAAUAGUUGACCAAGUACAAAAACUCACCACGUUAGAUAUCUGUGCAACUAGUUUGUCCGGGGACAAAAAAGAUAGUGAGGCUGCCCGAAUCUACAUGCAGCUGUCCAGGAAAGAUCCUGCCAUCAAACUGCUUUAUGCUACUCCUGAGAAGGUUUGUGCAAGUGGGCGGAUGAUCAGUGCACUUCAGAAUCUGUAUGAAAGAGGUCUGCUGGCUCGCUUGGUCAUUGAUGAGGCCCAUUGCGUCAGUCAGUGGGGUCAUGAUUUCAGACCAGACUACAAGCGCUUGCAUGAGCUCAGGCGGAUGUUUCCCAAUGUUCCUAUAAUGGCACUGACGGCCACAGCCACUCCUAGAGUUCAGAAAGACAUUCUUAACCAAUUGGCAAUGACACGUCCUCAGGUAUUUACUAUGAGCUUUAACAGGAACAAUCUGAAAUACUCAGUUUUGCCUAAGAAGCCCAAGAAGGUUGAUGAGGAAUGCAUUCAGUGGAUUAAGAAAUAUUACCCACGUGACUCUGGGAUUGUGUACUGCUUGUCUCGUAAUGACUGCGACACUCUGGCUGACAGUCUUCAGAGGGCAGGGAUCGCAGCGCUGGCGUAUCAUGCUGGCCUAAGUGACAGCGACAGGGAAUAUGUCCAGAACAAGUGGAUCAACCAGGACGGCUGUCAGGUUAUGUGCGCAACCAUAGCAUUUGGCAUGGGAAUCGAUAAGCCUGAUGUCCGUUAUGUGAUCCAUGCGAGUCUCCCCAAAUCAGUGGAGGGUUACUACCAGGAGUCAGGCAGAGCAGGGCGAGAUGGAGAGAUUUCCCAUUGUGUCCUCUUCUAUUCCUACAGUGACGUUAUCCGCAUCAAGAGACUCAUUGCUAUGGAUAAAGAUGGCAACCAGCAAUCCAAAGCCACCCACAUCAAUAACCUGCACAGCAUGGUGCACUUCUGUGAGAAUGUGGCUGAAUGCAGAAGGAUCCAGCUGCUGGCUUACUUUGGGGAGCACACGUUUAACACGAGCUUCUGUAAAGAGCAUCCUGAGGUCAUCUGUGACAACUGUGCCAGACCAAACAAAUAUAAAUCCAGAAAUGUGACCGAUGACGUUAAGAAGAUUGCGAGGUUUGUGCAGGACAACUGUGAGAAGGUUGGAAACAGAUACGGCAAAUCCGCCCAGCAGAACAGGCUCACUCUCAACAUGCUGGUUGAAAUAUUUCUGGGCUCCAAAAGCGCUCGCAUCCAGACUGGGAUGUUCGGAGUUGGAGCAGCUUAUUCCAAACACAACGCUGAGAGGCUCUUUAAGAAGCUGGUGCUGGAUAAUGUUCUGAUGGAGGAUCUGUACAUCACUAACAGUGGCCAGGCUGUGGCCUAUAUCUCUGCAGGCCCUAAAGCUAUGAGUGUACUGAAUGGUUGCAUGCAGGUUGAAUUUCAUGAGACCGAGAGCGCAUCCAGCAUCAGAAAGCACAGAGCGUCUGUGUGUGAGAAGGUGUCUAAGAGAGAGGAGAUGGUGAAAAAGUGUCUGGGUGAACUUAAUGAUCUAUGCAAGAAGUUGGGCAAAGUCUUCGGCAUUCAUUACUACAAUAUCUUCUCCACCGCUACACUCAAAAAGAUUGCUGAGACUCUCUCGGCUGAUCCGGAGGUUCUGCUGCAGAUUGAUGGUGUAACUGAAGACAAACUGGAGAAAUAUGGAGCUGAGUUUAUUGAACUGCUACAGAAAUACUCUGAGUGGCAGCUACCUGCUGAAGCACAGGCUGAGAGUUCAGGCUGGAUCGACACGACCAGAGGCCAUCAAAAUGAUGAAGACGACAACGAUGAUGAUGAUGAAGGAGGUGGGGAUGUCACAUCGACAUAUUUCAGAAGCAACUCUGGACGAGGAGCCAAGAGAAAGCAAGGCUCUUACUCCAGAAAACCCAAACGAAGAAAAGGCUCCAGUGGCCAGAACUCCUCUGCAAAAGGUGGAUAUAGCAGUAACUGGUCUUCAUCACGAGGAGGAGGAAGAGGAGGUGGAUACAGGGGUGGCAGUCGAGGAGCAGGCCGAGGCUCCAGAUCUGCUCCUUCAGGCUCAGCAGCAAAAAGGCCGGGCUUCAUGUCGUUACCAACACCGCAGGCUGCUGCUCGUCCAUUCCUCAAACCGUCCUUCUCACACCUCUAGACAACAACAUAUUUCAGCUGGAAACAUCAAGUACAUUCCCUUUGUUAAUAAUUGUCAUUUAAAUGCAUUUUAUAUAUGUAUAUUUUAAUAAAUACUUUGUUUUGUGGACUUUUGUUUAAUUUUAGUAUAAUAUUGUUGCAAAAAUUAAAUGUAAAAUAUUUGUUUUAAAAUAUGAAAGCCUGUGCUUAUAUUGUGACUUUCUUAACAUAAAAACAAAACUCGCCCCAUCACUACAGAUUGCUAUAGAUUGAGAUGUCAUUAUAAUUUGAAGUACCUUUUUGACAAUAGUUUAGGGGAAAAUGCCAGAUAACCAGUGGCAUUUAAAUAGAAUACCACCAUUUCACUGGUAUAUUCUUUAAAAUAUUGUAUUAAAAGGGUUGUAUGUAAUUGACCCUCUAAUUUCUUUCUCACAAUUUAAAAUGUAUUCAUUUUAAUGUGCCUUGUAAUAUAUAUUGUGACAAUAUAUAAUGAUGAUAUACA